CUAGUUCUAAGUUCUAGUAAGUAGAAAAGGGCCCGAGUGACUGUCUCACUCUACUACUGGGCCCAGUGCUCGGCCGAGCGCUAGGUUACCUGUUUAUACUAACCGAGUACUAGGCCGAGACCAAUGUCUCGCCACUGUACUGGUUACAUGUAAUCAAGGCAUAACAUAACCGUUUUUUUGUUGACAAUCAUCUGGUCGCGAUUGUUUUGUCACAGGUUUGAAAAAAGGCAAAACUGGUUGUCGGUAAAGUUUAAAGUCGAAGAACGAGUCGCUUAAAGAAUUUGAUGAAUGGCAAAAAAUAAAUAAGUAAAACAAAUGUAUCUUUAAUUAAUGCAAUUAUGUCGAAUCAUCUUGUUUUAAACAUGUUUUCAUAAUAUAACUGGAAUUGGUGAUAGCGUACAUAAAAAAUUCCUACGUCUGAUAAUAAUCGAUAUACGAGUUCAUGUUCAUAGUUGAAACAUUAAUUACAACAAAAAUUAAGUGCUAGAAGGUUAUUGUGUUAGUUGCACCAUUAUAAGAAUCAAAAAUGGCACAAGUUAAAUUUAAGGAUGCUAAACCUAUGAACAAAUCUAUCUGGGAUGAUGUAAAAACCUGCAUAUUUGCCAUAUUUUUAUUUAUCCGAUACUACUUGGAUCUAUUGAUAGACAAAGUAUUUGGAUUUUUCUACAACAACCUAAAGGUGCCUUUAACUAGUCCUAAAAACCCAAUUGUGAACCAAAGUGCUACCACAUUAGCUAAGAAGAUUAGAACUAAGGAAUUGAAAUCAGAGGAAGUUGUCCAGGCAUUCAUAGACAGGAUAAAAGAGGUCAAUCCAAUUUUAAAUGCUGUUGUUGAUAAUAGAUUUGAAGAAGCAUUGGAAGAGGCAAGACACAUUGACAAACAGAUAGCUGAUGCUAGUAUCAAAGAGGCUGAUUUUGAUAAAAAACCAUUCUUAGGGAUUCCAUUUACAACUAAGGAAUCAUCUGCAGUAAAAGGUCAGGCAUUUACCUUUGGAUUGAUAAGAAGAAAAGGCUUUAAAUCUGAAUUUGAUGCUGACUAUGUUGCUCUUAUGAAGAAUGCUGGAGGUAUUUGCCUAGGUGUAACAAAUAUUCCACAACUGAACAUGUGGCAAGAGUCAUACAAUCCAGUGUAUGGUAUCACAAGAAACCCCUAUGAUACUACUAGGAAUGUUGGUGGCUCCUCAGGUGGUGAAUCUAGUUUACUAGCAGCUGCUGGCACAGCUAUAAGUCUAGGUACAGACAUUGGAGGCUCUUGCAGGAUUCCAGCCUUCAUGUGUGGAGUUUUUGGUCAUAAACCAACAUCACAUCUGAUUCCAACUAAAGGUGUGACUUACAGAAAUGGAAAGGAAGAAGAAACAAUGGUUGUUGUUGGAGUUAUAGCUAGAUAUGCUGAGGAGAUAACUCCAAUUUUGAAAGUCCUAGUCAGUGACAAUGCUGAAAAACUUCAGCUAGAUAAACCUGUGAAUACCAAAUCAUUGAAAGUGUAUUAUUUAGCAGACCCAAAGGACCCUUUUGUCAGCCCUUUUAGGGAGGAAAUGAAGAGCACAUUUGCUGGGGCUGUGAACUACUUCAAUGGAUUAUGUGAUACACCACCCAAGGAAAUAGCUUUUGACGGUUUUAAAUAUGGAACCAAACUGUGGAAAUAUUGGAUGACACAAGAACCCAAUACAAAUUUUAAGAGAGACAUUAUGAAUAGAGAAAGAGAGGCUCAACCAUGGAUUGAAAUAUUCAAAUUUCUCACUGGGCGAGGCGAUUUUACGGCAUCAACAAUUUUGAAUUUCGUCAAUGAUAUGCUGCCCACUGCUAAAGACGACUGGGCCAGGGAAACCACCGAAAAGUUAUCAAAACAAAUUUUGGACACAAUUGGAGAAGAUGGGGUUCUUCUGUACCCCUCAGCCCCUUUUCCAGCCAGUUACCAUUAUGCAUCGAUUCUGCGACCAUGGAACUUUAACCUAUUCAGCAUCUGGAACGUGUUGCAGUUCCCGGUGACUCAGGUGCCUAUGGGACUUAGAUAUGGCCUGCCUGUUGGCAUCCAAGUUGUUGCUGCUCCAAAUCAAGACAGGCUGUGCAUCGCUGUGUCGAAGGAGUUAGAGAAGGCGUUUGGAGGGUUCGUGCCGCCUUACCCUCUAGAAUAAGUUAUAUUAUUUUUUCAUUUUUCCCAUCACUGGGAAUUUUCCUGUGGGUUCUUAACGUUGUGAUACUGUUUGGUCAGUAUCUUAUCCCUAAGAAUAUGAUGUACUGUUUUUUAUUUCUCCUUUCCUUUGCUGGGAGGAUUCCUGUUCUUUCUAAAAGUUGUGAUAUGGUCAGUGAUUUUUUUAGUUGUCAAGGAUUGUUGAAUAAGAACAGCAUCAAGGUCAGUAAUUAUCAGAGUAUCAAAUUCACGUUUAGGCUGACUGUUAAAUCUUCACCAAAGCAUAAGAUCAGAAAAAACUGUUUUUGCCAUUGAAAUAAUAUCUAGAGAGGCGCUAUUAGAAUCACAUUUGGGUAAGCAAAUCGACGUCAGAUGGCCGAAGCCGAGAGGAUAUCACAUUUAUCUGACUUAAGUUUUACACUGUUGAGAAAUACCUGAUGCACGAACUACUUACCCGACAAUAGCAUUCCAGGCAAUUUUUUAAUGUAUAUCUUCCAAGGGGCCUAAGAAAAGGACGUAUUUUAGAUAAAUUUGUUUUACUUUCGUACAGGGUGAACCACCUUUCAAGUUAGCAUAUGCUGAGGAUAUAGGCUGUUAGUUGUUAACUGCAACGCUACAGCCACCAUUUAAUCGACUUCGUUUUCGAAAAAUACCCGGUAUAGUAACCUGUAAAACUAUGCCACAGAGAAUCGCCUAAAGCGCAUUAUAAUAGCACAAGCACGAAGAAAUAUUUUCAGAAAAACCCAGCUAAGUUGUGCAAAAUAUAAACGGGUGCAACUUUUUAUGAUAAAAGUCUCGGUCUGACUCUGUGUCCAAAUAAGUUAUGCCAUAUCCCCUAAAUAAACUACACUAAAAACCAAAUACCACUAAAGUCGUAAUAUGUAGGAGAUAGAAGCGCUAGAAGCGUGCAAUACGGGUUUUAGGAAGAGAUAGAAGCUCUUCGUUGCCUAUCAACCCGAGUAAGAGGUCACGGAUGCCAUCGGCGCACUCUUUGUAACACAUAUUGCACGCUUCUCUCUUGUACACAUUACGACAUCAGCUAAAUUUGAACCUCACCGUUUAUCAAUGUUACCAGCUUUACGGAUGUUUCGGUAGAUCUGCCGAUUUUAGUCCGAUUCUGCCGGACCACCGAUUUUAAUGCGAAUCUAUCGAACAUUUUCUCAAAUUCUGAACUAAGAGAAACGCAACACUAUAACCAUUUGAUGCUACUGCUACCGUUAUAAUAAUAAUUUAUAAUGACCUGCAAGUUUUGCUUUUCAGUUUACCGUCUACCGAUAAGGUUUACGAUCUAUUGAAAACUUCCACACAAAUCUACCGAACACAGGUCGAUUAUACCUAGCAACACUGAUCUAUAUCAAUGGCUUUUGCAGUUUCUCCUGAAGUGGAUAAACUAGUUUUUCUGGUCUGAUCUUUAAGUGUUCACCAUUUUGGUUGAAACGUUAGCCGAUACUCACGCAAAGUAAAAAAAAGUGUUCCUAUGGCGAUUCAAUUGCCAAUACCACAUUUUUAUUGAACAAUCCUUUUUCCUGGGUGUCUUGAUAACCACGUUGUAUUUAUGUGUUUUCAACUAUUUUAUACAAAAAAACUUGGUUAAGGGUUACAUGUUAGGAAAUAUAAAAAUAUACAUAUAUUUAUGGCGGGUGAUAUGUUUUCAAUAAAUAUUUACUUUAGCAUGAUGUGCUUUAUUUUGAGAGUUACACAGAACAUAAUUUUGUCUGCAUACAACAUAUAUUUAUGGCGGGUGAUAUGUUUUCAAU